AUGUGCAAGAUCGAGACGCUGCCGCGCGGGGAGAGCUGGAAAGAGCUUAUCGGACAGGGCCCUGUCGAUGUGUGGACGGCUGGCGAGAAUGGCAACGGAUGGGCCACUCUGACAACGCGUCAAUGCCCGUUCCGCCUUCCGAUUCCCGAGCGUCUACCGCCAACGCUCCAUCUCGAGAAGGGAGGCGGCAUCACCUACAAGCUGAUUGCGUCCUUGAAAGUGCGCCUGAAGAAAGGGCUCGUGCGCAAGGAGCUGUACGAGACUGUGGUCCAGGAUGUGCGCGACAUUGUGCUCGAGAAGCAUGAGCAACACUCGACGUGGCCUAUCUACAAGUGCGUGUCCAUGGCUAACCGCAGCGUCCCUGAAGAGUUCGAGACCCAGGAAGGCCUGUACCACGCGACGCUGUAUCGCAAUCGGCGCGCGUACGCACCGACCGACGAGCUCGACGUCCGUGUCGUUGUCAUGGCUCAGACUCCUAAGCCGGCCAAGAUCAAGUCCAUCACGGUUGGCGUGCGCCAGACCGUGACCAUGUUCCACGACAACCGCCAGACCGCGCGCCCCAACGACCAGAGGAGCGUUAUGCUCGUGUCGAAGAGCAAGACUCUCCGCAAGAAAAUGCAGCCAGGCGAGUACUUCUUGCAGGACAUGACGCUCGUGAUCCCCAAGAACCACACGAUCAUGUCGGUGAGCACGGCCAAGCACAUGGAGGUGUCGCACUCGUACGUGUACACGCUCUGA